AUGGACAAUGGAUACACUCGACCCUUAGGGAGUUUAGCCCCAGGCGGCAAGUCGAUCGCACAGAACCAUGGCCGGUGUGGAGGAAGUCUCGUGGCGGCUCAUUUUGCUCGGACGUCCCAAGAUGACUGUGGCAAGGGUGGUGCCGAAACCCGGGAGAAGGAAGUAGGAAGCCGUGGCCAGAUGCAGACUCCGCCGGCAACACCAUUUGCGGACGUCAUCUCGUCCCUCGCGGUCCUCCACCGCGAGCAACACCAGGCGCUUCUGCAGCUGAGGGCAGACCAGGAGUCCCGCUUCCAGGCUAUCCUCCAGGCCCAGAAAGAGGACCGCGAGGCGUUCCGGAGCUGGCUGGACCGGGAGGUUCAGGCUGGGGGCCGUACGGAGGCGGCAUCGGGUUCCCACCUGUGGCUGACAAAGAUGGGACCCCAGGAUGAGCCGGAGGCCUUGAGACCAGCGGCUGGCCGAGGGACAGCUGAGGAGGGCCAUUCCUUCGCCCUCGCUCAACAGCUCCGGGACUCAUGCCGCAGAUGGCUGAGGGCCGAGGAAGGCGACGUGGAGAAGAUCGUCAACCGGGUGGUGCUGGAGCAGUUUGCCACCCGUCUUCCCCGGCAGACAGCUGCGUGGGUCCAGUGCCACCGGCCGUCUUCUCUGGAUUCGGCCAUCCAGCUGGCGGAGGACCAUUUGGUCACGUGCCCCGGGGUCGGGGAGGCAAUUCCAUCGGCCUCGCUCUCACACACCCCCACACCUCCUCCAAGUCGACCAGUGCCGGCUCCUCGAACCCGGCCACCGGGUCCACCGCGGUUCCCGCCUCGGGGGCGAGGUGGGACUGUUCCUCGGCCCGAUGAUGGAUCCAGCGGGAUGCAGGGACACUCCGGUGGAUCGGCGCUGGAGGAACACCACCCCAUGUCUCCGCCCUCCCCACACCAAGCACCGCCCCCAUUUUCUGCCGCCCGGGCGGCGGGUAGGCCUGGGCCGGCCUGUUGGCGCUGCGGGGACCCGGACCAUUUCCUUGACCGAUGUCCCAUGAUGGAUGUGGGGUUAAUGGUCCGGGUCCCGGACGCACCUCAGGCUGCCCCCGGUCAGGCUGGCGGGUACCAGAUACCAGUGAGUAUUGGGGGGGUACCUAUCGGGCUCUGGUGGAUUCCGGUUGCAACCAGACCUCGAUCCACCAAAGCCUGAU